GUCACACGUGCCCUUUGUUAGCGAUGAUGUAGCUCGCCGACACGCGAGAUCUCGCCGAUCCUUCUCUCGAUCUCGAUCCCCAUCUCGAUUCGCUCUCUCCCUAAUCGCUCUGUGUCGCCGCGAGUUUCGCCCGUUUGAAAAGCCCGCGCUUCCGCGGGGACCGGAAGUGCAGCGAAGAGGCCCUCGAAGAGAACUCCGACAGUGACGGUUCGACGACCUCCUCGCGGGUUCGCGUCGCUCUUUGGACCCGAUUAAGACCGAUUCGCGAUUAUCCAUAAACCAAGAUGACGGUGGCGGUGGAGACGUCGAAAUCGGAGGAGGGCGAGGGCCGCAAGAAAAUCGAGAACUUUGACGACAUACUGCCCUAUAUCGGGGAGGCUGGUCGUUAUCAGUGGCUCCUCUUUCUUCUGCUCCUGCCGUUCACCUUCGUCUAUGCUUUCCUCUAUUUUACCCAAUUUUUCCUGACACUGACCCCGGAGCAGCACUGGUGCACCGUGCCCGAAUUGGACGGAUGGAAUCUCACGGAUGCGGAAAAGAUCGCCCUCUCGAUCCCGAUGGCCAGCGAGGAGGAGCUGAAGAUGGAAGGAGCGACUCCGUUCUCGAAGUGUCAAGUUUAUGCUGUCAAUUUCACGGAACUUCUCGAAGCAGGUGUCAGGACAGCUGAUCCUUCCUGGCCCUUUAGGCCCUGCCAACAUGGAUGGACCUUCAACUAUACGAUGAUACCAUACGCCUCCAUUGCAGCCCAACUCGAGUGGGUCUGCGAUAAGACGUUCCUCUCUUCGGCGGCGCAGUCGGCCUUCUUCGUCGGUAGCAUAAUCGGUGGGUUUAUUUUCGGUUACAUCGCCGAUCACUAUGGUCGAAUUCCCGCCCUGGUGUCCUGCAACGCAGUUGGGUUCUUCGCCUCCGUUGGCACGGCAUUUUGCAACAGUUUCUGGAGCUUCUGCCUCUGCAGGCUGAUCGUUGGUACUUCCUUCGACAACUGCUUCAACAUCCUCUUCAUAGUCAUAAUCGAGUACGUGGGCCCGAAGUACAGGACUUUGAUAGCCAACAUGUCCUUCGGCAUCUACUUCGCAAUUGCUGCCAGCCUUCUGCCUUGGAUCGCAUAUUGGAUCGCCGAUUGGAGGAUACUCAGCGUCGUUACUGCAAUUCCACUCGUAGCUGCAUUCGCGGGUCCCUGGCUCGUCCCUGAAAGCGCCAGAUGGUAUAUCACGAUCGGCCGGACCGACAAGGCGAUAGAGAUGUUGAAGAGGUUCGAGAAGAUGAACGGCAAGAACAUCAAGCAAGAGAUCUACGACGAGUUCGAGAAGAGCGUUAACAGCAUGAUGGCGAGCGACAAGUCGCACAAGCAGUACACGGUUUUGGAUCUCUUCAGGAAGGCACGACUGGCCAGGAUUACUGUCAUCCUAGUCUUAUACUGGCUCCUGAUUAUUCUAGUUUUUGAUGGACAUGUCUGGAACAUGAAACUCCUCGACCCUGACGUGUUCAUGUCAUUUUCCUUGGCUGCAUUGACGGAACUUCCUGCUGCAGUGUUGCUUGCCAUAUUUCUUGACAGAUGGGGUCGCCGAUGGAUGGGUUUCUUGUCCAUGUUCAUUUGCGGCAUCUUCUCCUUCAUCGCUUUGGCCACUCCGAAAGGUCCACCGACCGUUGCAAUGGCGAUCUUGGCACGACUUGGAGUCAACAUUGCUGCAAAUAUUGGCUUCCAGUAUGCCGCCGAAAUGUUGCCAACGGUGGUUCGUGCCCAAGGCGUUUCCUUGAUCCAUCUGAUUGGAUACUUUGCCCACAUCAUAGGACCCUAUGUGAUUUACCUGGCUGAUAUCUCUGCAGAGCUUCCACUGGCGGUUUUGGGAGUGCUCUCGAUUAUGGUGGCUGUGUUGACGCUUACUUUACCCGAGACCAUGGACCAAGAGCUUCCUCAGACCUUGCAGGAAGGCAACGACUUCGGCAAGGAGCAGAACUUCUGGUGGUUCCCUUGCCUCUCCAGGAGUCCCGAGAAGAGGAAGAAGUACAGACACAAAUUGGGCGCGACGAACGCCGGCUUUAAUCCUGGAAGUCUUCAAAGAAUCGACUCGACCAGGUUAUAACACUAACAGUCGAUUUGGACGAUCGACCGAGUUGUCAAGUAUUGAAAGGGUCACACCAAAUUCUUGUAAAUAGUGACACCGUCACACUAUGUGAUCGUAGACGUAAGUCGAAACCCGAGUGAUCGCGUUCGUCAUCGACUCGCGAUAAUGACGAUAAUUGCGAUCAUGGCAAUAAUGGCAGCGCCGAUCGCUGUUAUCAUUCCUUGGCAACACAUCAUACACGUCGCUAGGAGCUUUUCGUCGAUCCUGCGAACAUCCUUUCGCAUCCUUAGGUACCGGCGAUUGAGGGAGCAAAGCGGUGCAACGAUCGCUAAUCGGCCGUAUCGGCUGAGCAUCGAAAAUUCUACUAGGAAUUGCCAAUCGAUCAGUCGGUCCACGUAAUUGGUCCUCGAAUUCUGCGAACACUGUGCCUUGUCAGCUUAUCGCGUCAGCUGAUCGACUUAUAAACACGUAGGACGAGGUCCCAUGACUUGGACCGACCAGACUUGGUUCUGAUCCUUCUGACUUUUCCGAGCUCGUUUCGGACGUCGGAAAUCGAUCAAAAUCAGAUCUCAGGAGACAUUCGGAUUCUCAUUGGAGUACUUUUACCUCUAACUUAGGGACUCGUGCAAAAGUGGCGUUGGGUCGUUCUUAUCGAUUGACGUUUCAGUCUCGAUGACUAGAACCUCUCCCGGCUAGGCUAGUCAAGACUCGAGGGAUACUAACUCGUAGAAUUAAUUAUAUUUUAAUCGAGAUGCAAUUUUAAAUUCAGUUCCUGGCCGCUACGCCCCUUUGCUCGACUUUAACAUAGCGCAAUAGAAGACGGACUGUACAUAGUCGGAGCCUAUUACUUGUUUUUGCUCUCUCGAUUCGCAUCUGACUUAGGCACCGAUAUUCUAAGUUACAUUUUCGUAGGUCGCUCUCCUUAGCUAGGAUCAUUCAUGUACUUAUUCGAGGCAAGCCUUCCCAGUUCUGCUCGCUUCCUUCGUAUGAUAUUAUAAAAUACGUUGACACCCUUAACACAUGCUGAUCUAUUUACGACGAAAAUAAAAUAUCUGGCUCAUUUUGUGUUAAGGGGUUAAAAAGGAUAAACUGAGAAGACGAGGGCGGUCCAGCGAGAAUGCUAGCCUCGACGGAUCAUUUUAGGCGAACCUACGUGUGCCAGAAUUAGAGCACAAUGAUAUUGCUGUGUGGACUUCUAUUGUAUUCUAUGGUUGUUCUCAUAGUGCAAGAGGGCGACGGGAGACUCCUUACCGCAAAGGACCGAAUUAUCAAUUACGAAUUACGAAAGUACAACCGAGGUACGCGCGCUCAUUGUUAACUAUUGUAUUGUUGAACCCCGUCAGCAUGUGUGAGUGCGAUUGCGUGAAUGGAGUAUUUAAGAAAAAGAGGAACUCAUACGCGAACAGCGUGCAAGAUACGUCGUUUAAUACUUUGUACAGUGUUUACGAAGCCAUUAACUUUAGUGAUCGUGGAGUAACUGGACGAGGUAGACAUUGUCAUUCACGGAGAGAAAUAAAAACAGUUGUAAUUCA